AUGAUGGCAACAGCGCUGCCCGUGCAGGGCGCACAGACAGUAAAUGUGCAGCUAAUUCGGCAACGAAUGCUCCAGGGUCUUCCACCGCAGAAUGUGCAGGAAUAUCUAUGGCGAGUACGACUCGAAGCUGAGGCUAUUCCCGACGUCGUCGUAGCUUCCGACGUCGACCCAAGACAAUUCGACGCCCAGCAGACCAGGAAUAUGCCGACCUUGCAGUCAUUUGGAGUCAAAUCGACGGCGACCGAUCGACUUCCUGACGACAGGUGGACGAGAGAUUUGCUAGCAGAUUUCGCCGAACUGAGGCAAUUGAUUGCGCGUUGGGAAAGUACUGGGCCACCUCAAGCAGCGACCAGUAGAGCAGGAAACGGGUCGAAUGAGGCUGUUCGCACGAAUGUGCCCAAAAUGAGCGACGAAGAUGGAUGGGUGCUCUUUUUCUUUGGGAAACCAGGGUUUGAGAUGUUGGCGAGGCCGCCACAUCUGAGACUGUUGCUGCAGUUCGACCAGGUGCUGACCAGGAAGUUGCUGGAUUAUCAUGCUGCGUGGCUCAGUGAGGAGACGACGUCGCUCUCACGAGCGCGUGCAGUGUGGAUGUAUGCCUUGAUGGCUCGUCUGGACAAGCCAGUUCAUGCUGCUGUAGCAGCUACGAUUCGGCAGAUUCUACGACGCUGUUGGACCUUGAGGUGCGAGCUGGAAAUGCCGUCAGAGGUUCAACUCAAGUCGCUCAACGUUCUAAUUGUGAUUACUGGGGAUUUCUUUGGCCAAUUGCACGAUUUGGAGUAG